AAUGACCGUUUUACCUUGAAAUACAUUUAUAUUCGACAGAGCUCUGCGCGAUAUAUUGAGCUGUGACAUUUUGAAUGCUUAAGUGUUCAGUUUUUAUGCUUAAUGCCGUCAUACAUCCUUACAAGCAAAGACAAAUACCGCAGUAAGAGACAUUUUUAAUGACGUUUACAUUAAUCACUUUAGUCUCAGCUUCACUGAUAUCUCGCACCUGAACACAUUUUUAACAAUAAUGACAGAAACAAUCAUUCAUAAAUAUGUGGUUACAAGUUAACAGGAGUGUUCUGCUUCGUUCCAGUGGUCUCACAGUUACAUUAAUCUUCAAAGUGACAAUGGCAGCCUUGGUAACAGGCCUCAUCCCCAUUGUGAGGACGGCAGUAGAUGCAACCACUAACUACAAGUGCCGCUCCCUGUGGUUUGGCACCCUGUGCAUCCGCCUUGUGAUCCUCUUCCUCGCUGAGCUGCCCUUCAACAAAAUGGAUGCUGACUUCAUCUGCAACGGCACCAGGGACAACAUCUGCACCAAAGACUGUUUCAAUAGACGCUUCGACAAGCCCAUGGUGGUGGCCUGGAACUUCAUCUUUGUCCUGGUUGUCAUGUCCGUCCUGCUCAUGGAGAUGUUCAUCUCCCACCUCCGGUCGGUCGCCCAGAAAAGGAAAACCCAGGUGAAUGCGGAUGUGGAGCAGAAGGCCGCGGACACUAAAGUCCAGAUAGUCAUAGACCUCCACAAAGACAGAGGCACCCUGUGCUUCUACCUGCUCAGCAUUACUUUGCGUAUUCUGACCGAAGCCUGGUUUGUGUUUGUCCUGCUUUCAUGGAACCUGCCGGCGCUGAGCGACGACUCGCACAAAUGCUUCACGAACAUGUGCUCCGAGUUGUAUGUUUGUGUUUUGCGCGGCGCCCCGGAGAAACGCAUGUCUGUCUAUGCUUUGGCCUCCAUCUCCGGCAUGGUUAUUGUGUGCUCAGUCCUAUUUUGUAUUUACUCCAUUUUUCACUACCUUUGA